GCGGUCACGGUAUCGUUAUCUCUCUUCAAAGCUUCCCCCUCGUCUUCUUCCGCUUAUCAGCUGGGCCACAUAUAUACUGCGAUUUUUCGCCUUCGAAAUGGUCGGGCCUCACGAUCACGCAGAGCUCACUCAAGAUGUCCAGCUUCUCCAAGCGCUUCGAAGUCAAGGGAAAGAACGCGCUCGAGGGUCAAGCCUCCGCGUGGAUCAACCGCGACAUCGUUCCUCUGCCGCCCUCCCGCCGAACAUGGGGUUCCUGGUCGUUCGUCGGCUACUGGCUGCUGACCGGCUUCAACAUCAGCGGUUGGACGACGGCGUCCAGUCUCCUCGGGAUCGGCCUCAAUGUCUGGCAGGCGAUGGUCUCCGUCAUCAUCGGCAACCUCAUCGUCGCGUGCGCUGUGGUGGGCAACGGCUUCGUCGGGGCUGAAUGGCACGUCGGCUUCCCCGUCUACAACCGCUUCGUAUGGGGUACCUACGGCAGCUUCUUCCCGCUGCUGAUGCGUAUCCUCCUCUCGAUUGUGUGGUACGGAGUGCAGCUUGUGUUCGGAGGAAAGAGCGUCAAGGUGGUGAUCGGUGCUUUGUGGCCCAGCUUCUACAACUUGCGCAACACUCUUCCCGAGAGUGCUGGCAUCGAGCUGAACGACCUCAUUGGCACGCUCAUCUUUGCCUUCAUCUCGCUACCGCUCCUCCUCGUUCCCCCAGAGUUCUUCCGGAAGCCCUUCCUCGUCGGCAGCGUCAUCAUCACGAUCACCACGUUCACCAUGUUCGUAUGGGCGCUCGCAAAAGAGGGCGGCGGCGGCCCCCUCCUCAGCGAACCCAGCCAGCUUAGCGGUGUCGAACCCCUUGGCAGCGGCGCGAAGCUGGGAUGGGCGAUGGCGUACGGCAUUAGCUCUACCAUCGGUGGUAUCUCCGCCGGUAUCCUUAACCAGAGCGAUUACACCCGCUUCGCGUCGUACCCGCGCGCGCAGAUCCUCAGCCAGCUGCUCAUCGUCCCCCUCAGCUCCAUCAUCAUCGCCGUGUUUGGUAUCGUCGUCACGAGCUGUGCCGCAGGCUUCUACCCCGACGAGGGGCUCCUGUGGGCGCCGUACGACCUUUUGCCCGUCAUUCAGACUCACGGCGGCCCUGGAGCGCGCGCCGCGUGCUUCUUCGCGGGAGUCGCGUUCGUCAUUUCGCAGCUCGGUAUCAAUGUCCCUGGCAAUGCCACGUCAGGCGGCAUCGACAUGUCUGGAUUGUUCCCGAAGUACCUCAACAUCCGGAGGGGCUCGUUUAUCACCGCAAUCCUCGGCCUCGUUAUCUGCCCUUGGAAGCUGCUCACCGGCGCGAGCGUUUUCCUCACGGUGCUCAGCUCGUUCUCGGUAUUCCUCGGGCCGUUGACGGGCGUGAUGGUAACCGACUACCUGCUCGUUCGAAAGUCGAAGCUGCGGCUGUCGCACCUGUACAUGCCCAACUCCGGGUCGAUCUACUACUUCACGCAUGGCGUCAACUUCCGCGCCGUCGUCUCGUGGACCUUCGGCGUCUGGCCGCUCAUGCCCGGCUUCAUCAACGCCGUAUCGCCGAGCCCGAUUGGUGUGUCCGAGUCGUGGACGCAAAUGUACGACCUCGCGUGGCCGCUCGGCUUCACACUGAGCGCGGUCAUCCACUACGGGCUCAGCAAGGCGUUCCCACCCGCUGAUCUGGGUUCGGUGGACGACCGCGACGUGUUCGGCACGUUCACCGAGCUGCCGGACUCCAUGCCCCCGGCCUACGUCGAUGGGAGCGACGUGGACACGGAGAGCAUGAAGAAGGCGAGUGUACGCGAAAUGACUGUAUAAGGGGCGGACGUCGAGGGUCGACGCGAUUUUCUGGGCCGAUCGCCUCCAUACGCGGCGGACGGUUCAUCGGCGUAGUGAGUUACGCCGGUCGAUCGGCCGUUGACCAGCGUUAUCAUGUUUCUUUUUUGUAUCUUCAUAGACGGCGUCGUAGUACUAGUCCUUUUUGACAUGUACCAACUAGCGCAGGGAUGGAAAUGUGUAUACCAUAAACAAC